AAAGAGCGUGUUUCUGCAGCAAUUGGGAAAGCUUUGCUGAAUCAGAAAGGCGGAGUCCCUGCGCCCUUUACUAAAGCAAACUGUGCCUCUUCGCCUUGCUGGGGUCCUCAUGCUGUGACCAGCCAGAUGGCAGGCGGAAAACCAACAGGUGCGCUGAUGGAGCAACAACUGGACACAGGAGGAGGAAGUCCAUCACCUGGAGCAGUGCAUGCUGGGGGAUCCCUCCAAAGCUCAGACAGUGGAAUCGAUGUCAAGGAGGAACCUCAAGAGGAUCUGGCCCAGGUCUGGGAAACCCAGUGGCAGGAGUUCCUAAAUACGGUGGAGAUGUGUCCUUCGGAGCCUGAUGUCCCAGGUCUUCCACAGGAGCCGACACCCUGGGAAGACGCUCAGGCCUUCCUGGCCUCCUUCGAGCAAGUAGCUGAAGCUUGCUGCUGGCCCAAGGCGGAGUGGGUAACUCGACUCCUGCCAGCCCUUGGAGGAGAAGCCAAGCAGGCCUUUAUCAAGCUGGAGGUGGAAGACAGAGAGGAUUAUGGGAAAGUGAAGGAAGCCAUCUUGAGAGGGGAUGCCAUGAGCCGGGAGAAGCAGCGUCAGCACUUCCGGCGUUUCUGCUACCAGGAGGCCGAGGGGCCCAGAGGAGUUUACAGCCAACUUCAGGAGCUUUGCCAUCGGUGGCUGAAAGUCGAGAGACACUCCAAGGAACAGAUCCUGGAGCUGCUGAUCCUGGAGCAGUUCCUGGCUGUCCUGCCCCCGGAGAUGCAGAGCUGGGUCAGGGGGCAUAACCUCGAGAGCAGUGCCCAAGCGGUGUCCUUGGCCGAGGAUUAUUUGCUUGGGCAGUGGGUGCCUGAGAUCAGGGAGCAGCAGAUGUCCGAGCUGCAGGAGGAGGCUUCAUCAGAUGAUGGGCUACAGACGGGCUGGGAAUCCCAACAGGAGGAAGAGCCUGUCUUGCCAGCAGUUUGUAAGGAGGAGCGUGAGAACAAGGAGAGUCAUCCGCAAGAAAGUCCUAAGCAAAUGGAACUGCGAGGAAAGCCUCCGGAAAGAGCUAAUGACAACGGUCCCCAGUACUGUAAUCAGGGAGAAACCUCUGAGAAUUGGCACAGAGCCGAGAGGCAGCUGAAAGCACCCAUUGGACAGCACCUAGCAGAAGUUGGGCAUAAAUCCAUGCUUUGUGAGGCGGUUGGCAUGAAAUCCAAUGUAACAGUUCCCCACCAGGGAACCUGCAAUGGCAAGAGAAGUAACGCUUGUUCUCUGUGUGGGAAGACAUUCUCGAGUCACUCAUCAGUUCUCCGGCAUAAAAGAACCCACACAGGGGAGAAACCGUACCGAUGCUCCCAGUGCGGAAAAGACUUUGUUAGCUCGGAGUACCUUAAAACCCACCAGGUAUCUCACGCAGCUGAGAAGCCCCACAAAUGUUUGGCGUGUGGGAAGGGUUUCAGUCACAAGACGAGCCUGCAAAGUCAUCAGAGAACCCACGCUGGCGAGCAGCCCUAUCAGUGCGCUGACUGCGGGGGAAGUUUCGCGUCGCUUUCGUCUUAUCAAAGGCAUCGGAAGAGCCAUAUUGGAAGUGAGCCAGUCCUGCGGGUCUGUAAAGCAGCCCAAACAGAACAGGGCCCUAUAUGUGGAAAAGCCUUCGCUGACUCACAGAAACUUCGAAGCCAUCAACAACUCCACACCCAAGAGAAAUCCUAUCAGUGCACUGACUGCGGGGAGAGGUUCAGGUGGAAACCAGCUCUUGACAGUCAUGCAAAGCAGAUCCAUAAGGGGAAGCACCUGGUCCCUCUGCUGCGAAGAAUAUCUCCUGAAGGAUACAGAAGGAGCCACGAGAGAGAGAAAUCUCUCCUGAAGGAUACAGAAGGAGCCAUGAGAGAGAAAAUCCUUCUGCCAAAAGGAUCCGAUGAACACAGCAAAGUCCCCACGUGUGCCGAAUGCGGGAAACAGUUCCGCAAAACACGGGAGUUAACACAACAUCGGCGCAUCCACACUGGGGAGAGACCCUAUCAGUGCCCGGACUGUGGGCAGAGGUUCAUGUGGGCGGCGUCUUUCUACAGGCAUAUAAAGAUCCAUAAGGCGAAGAAAUCAGUCCCUCUUCUGCCAAAAGCAACCAGUAAGCAGAAGAAAUCUUACCCAUGUUCUGACUGUGGGAGAAACUUUGACCGCCCCUCAAAGGUAUUGAGGCAUCAGCGCGUCCACACUGGAGAGAAACCCUAUCAGUGCACGGACUGCGGGGAGAGAUUUGCAUGGGAUUUGUCUCUUGACAACCAUAGACAAAAGAUCCAUAAGGUGAAGAAAUCUGUCCCUCUUCUGCCAAAAGCAACCAGUAAGCAGAAGAAACCUUACACAUGUUCCGACUGUGGGAGAAACUUUGACCGCCCCUCAAAGGUAUUGAGGCAUCAGCGCGUCCACACUGGAGAGAAACCCUAUCAGUGCACGGACUGCGGGGAGAGAUUUGCAUGGGAUUUGUCUCUUGACAACCAUAGACAAAAGAUCCAUAAGGUGAAGAAAUCUGUCCCUCUUCUGCCAAAAGCAUCUCGUACGCAGAAGAAACCUUACACAUGUUCUGGCUGUGAGAAAAUCUUUGCCAGCCCCUCAAAGCUAGCGAGACAUCAGCACGUCCACAGUGGAGAGAAACCCUAUCAGUGCACAGACUGCGGGAAGAGAUUUGCGUGGGAUGUGUCUCUUGACAAGCAUAGAAAAAAGAUGCACACGGCAAAGAAAUUGGUCCCUCCUGUGCAAAAAGUGUCUCGUACGCCGGGGAAAACCUGCACAUGUCCUGACUGUGGGAAAAGCUUCGGCCGCUACGCACAACUAGCGAUACAUCAGCGCGUCCACACCGGAGAGAAACCCUUUCAGUGCCGUGACUGUGGGCAGAGUUUCAUGUGGUGUUCGGCUCUUGACAGGCAUAGAAAGAAGAUUCAUUCGGCAAAGAAUUCGGUCCCUCCUGUGCAAAAAGUCUCUGGCGUGCAGAAGAAAGCUAUCAAAUGUUCCGAGUGUGGGAAAAGGUUUGACAAGAUGUCACACUUAAUAAUACAUCAGUGCCUCCACACUGCAGAGGUGCCCUAUAAAUGCGCCGAGUGUGGGCAGAGUUUCAUGGCACGUUCAUCAUUCUACAGGCAUAAAAAGAUCCACGACGGAAAUAAAUUGGGCCCACUUCUGCAAAAGGUAUCGGGUAUGCAGAGGAAAUCCUUGACGUGUUCUGAGUGUGGGAAAAGCUUUGAUAAUCCAUCGUCCCUAGUAAUGCAUCAACGCAUCCACUCCGGAGAGAGACGCUAUCAGUGCACUGAAUGCGGGGAGAGAUUCAUGUGGGGUUCUUCUCUCAAGAGGCAUAGAGAGAAGUUCCACAAGGGAAAGAAAAUGGCCCCUCUUCCACAACGUGGAUCGCGUACUCCGCCGAAAUCCCACAAGUGUUCCGAGUGUGGGAAAACCUUCGAUAGGGCCUCGCGCCUCCUAAGACAUCAGCACACCCACACCAAGAAGAGAUGCUACACGUGCUCUGAGUGCGGGAAAAGCUUCAGUCAAAGAUCAAGCCUUACAAGUCACCAGAGAAUCCACGCAGGGGAGAAGCUUCAGUCAAGGAAAAGCUUCAGUCAGGGAUCAAGCCUUACAAGUCACCAGAGAAUCCACACAGAGGAGAAGCUACCCCAGAGCUCGGAUCUCCAGAAUAGCGCAUCUCGCGAGGACAGCCUUGCGAGUCACAAGAGGUCUCAUGGUGGGCUGCAGCACUUUUCUGUGAAGGAAUCCCAGAGCAGGCCAUUGCUACUGAUCAGCUACCAGGACUAGCACAGCCCAAACGAGGCACGCAUGGCGCAUCGUUUGAAGUUGGCUAAAUUUUGUAACGGUCUAAUUUUGUUGUGUAUUUGAGCAGGCCAGAGAAGCCAUUUCAGUGUUAUGUCAUGGGGAAAGUCUUACCAUGCUCUGAAAGGUCCCAUAGAGCAAUGCAAUUAUAUGGAUGCUGGUACUUUCCUUGGGUGAAGAAAUAUUCAUUUAAUAUCUGUAAAGUUAGACCUGUAGAUUAGCGUGACCCUAUGGGAAAAAGGACAGGGCUCCUGCAUCUUUAACAGAUGAGUAGAAAAGGGAAUCUCAGCAGGUGUCAUUUGUAUGCCUGCAGCACCUGGUGAAAUUC